AUCCUGCCCCACCGAAAUUCGCUCGAAUCUCCCGAUGACAAUGGCAUAAUGAUUGAGAUGCACUCGACUCAGAAUCGUCUUGCCCCAACGAGACGGUUUGAGACUGGAGGAAGUGGACGUAUGGGAGUAUUUACUGAGAUGGGAAGAGGCCAUGUUAACAGACUAAAGGACGAGGUGCCGAAAUGGUCGGCCGAGGAGUUUACCGAGUUGGAGGACGUGUUAAGGCCGUGCAUUCCGUUAGUCAGGUUUUUCCACAUACCGCCGGGAGAGUAUGUCAAAUCUGCGAGUUGA